GAUUACCCAUCCCGUCGCUCUAUAAUCCCGCGCGGACAAUGCGGAUGCCGAUCGUAUAAGGACGGGGGCUCAGUGCGUCAGACGUUCUCCCGCGGCACACAGGAGAGGAUCGGCGGGGCGGCGCCCAGGCAGCAGACACACGCGGCCAGCAGAAUGGCGCACCACAUCACGACGCAGCUGUUGGCGGUGGUCCUCGUGAGCCUGGCAGCAUGCGGGCGGAGCCAGAGAGUCUACCAGAGAGCGCCGUACCACUUCUUCUACCCUCCUCAGCGGGGCUAUGUGCAGGUCGCGACCCCGGUGCAGCUGCAGAACGCCCCCGCUUUCACGCAGACCGUUUACGUGGUGGUGGAAGACGACGGGUCGGGCGGGCCCGACGACGCCGAGCAGCGGCGCCUGCUCGACGCCAUUCCCUCGCUGCUCGAGAUGCUGUCAACAGGUGGCGCCGGCGGCCCCUCCUUUUCGGGCUCGCCGCCUCCAGGCCCCGGCCACGACCUACAGCCGACCACAGCACCCAAGACUGUGUUCCUCGACGACGUCGAACCGGAGUUCGAUAAGGAUGCCUGGCAGCAGAGCGAGGCCGGACAGGAGGCUGCUGCAGCUCCCGAGCCGGUCGACAAACAGACACAGGACGACGCCACGCCGUCACCACCCCCGCUAGAAUACCCGAAGGACUCAUAUGACACUCGGCCCGACUACGCGAUUGACGACCCACCGAUUGACGUGCGGUCGGGUUUUACAGGGGGCAAGUCGAGGGCAAAAGUGAACCCUCAGGAGCCAACAUUGUAAACAAUAUUCUUAUGAGUAGGGCCCGCUGACAAAAACUUGAGACUUCACAAAUAUUCUGAUCCACGCGUAAUUUGGCUGACUUGUGAUGUAGACCAGAUAGCUAUAGUUCUUAUAUUAGGAAAACAAGUUCAUAUGAAUAAGUUCUUACUUGAUUUGGUUUAUAUGAAAUAUGUUAAAAUAGAACGAUAUG